AUGGGAAUCGCCCAAUGUCGCGACUCGUGCGGAGAUCGACCACAUACUCACCAAAUGGAGGCAGUGAAGGAGAAAAGAAGUCGUCUACGACGAUUGCGUACUCGAGGAAUCCUUACCCCAAGAGGAUUACGAACCUGUGCUGAGCGUGCCUCGAAGCUGCGCACGACAAACUUGGAUCGAAUUUCGAAGACCACCAAGGAAUUGUUGGAAAGAAGAAGGGCUUCGAGGCUUGAUUCGAAUGCAUCGCACAUUGAGCGGCAGAAGAAGAUUCUGGAAGCAGCACAAAGAAGAACGAGUCUAAAGAAGUGCCGCAGGGAUCUCCGCGAAUAUAAUAUUCCGCUAGCAGCCUUGCUGAGCGAAGAUGAGACUCAUACGUCUUCUCGUCGUGAGAUGGAAAUUAGGAGAGGUCCUACUCGAACCUUUUCCCUUCAUCAACUCCUGUGUCAAGCACGGGAACUGGAUGAAGCCCAGCCUCAAGAACAAGCUGGAUUCCGCCAACGGUUCAGUUGCUUGGACCACAUCCAGACCGUGUCGAGGGUCAUAGAGAUUUGCCGGGAAGAGAAUAGGACUCACACGUACCACGUAUACCUCGGACAUUCUAUGAACAUGGAAAACGACUCGAAAGGAAAACUGAAUAGAAGAAUGAGAGCAGCCCUCAGGGAAGCUACGGACCAACUGACGGACCAAGAUCUUCGUGUCCAUCUGUUCGACUCGUCAGUUCUUCCAGCGCUAUGUUAA